AUGACGACAAUCCAUGGGGCUAUCAGUGGUUUGCAAAUGAAUCUCAACAACAUCAGCCAAGAGAUGAAUUCGCGAAACAAAACAUUCGAAGAUGCUCAGGUCAGCAAUGGCAAAGCUCAAGAACAGCUUCGCAAGCGCCUGGACACCUCGCAGAGCGACCUGGUCACAAUGCGUCAACAGAUAGAGAACCUCAUCAAUGAAUGGAUCAAGCAGUCCCAAUCCAAUAACAACCCUUCUGGAUCCGAGAUGAACAUAAAGAACGAGUUCAACGAGCGCGGUGACACGAUAAACCUCCUGGAACGAGAAUUCCAUGCAUUCGCGGAGACAGCGUCAUCGAAUAUGGCAGCCCUUGCUGAAAAAGCUUUCAACAACGAGAAAAAUGCGCACGCCGAGAUACGAGACGCAAUCACGUCAUUCAAACGAUCUCUAGAGAAGGGUUUCAAGGUAGCCCAGGAUGAGUCGGAAAAAUGCCUCCGCCACACCCAAACCGCCAUGGCAGCUUUCGGUGGUCAAUUGCGUGCUGUCAGUGACCAGGUAGAGGCCAGGUUCUGCGCAUCGGAAGACAAAACCGCCAACAGCACUUCGCAAUUAGCGGGACACGAGCUCACACCCUCACUUCAGGAAAGAAUCCGCGAUCUUGAAGGCCAACUUAGGGCGGCUGCCUCAUUGCGCGAGCGGUGGCAGCAUGACAUCCGGAAAGUUGAUAUGCUGAAAUCUCAACUGAGAAGUAUUGAAGACCGGGUCCCUCAAGUUCAGGACGUGGGCAUCACUGUGGAACGAAUUGCUGAAGUAAAUCGACUCCUUCACUCUACAGCACGAUACUUGGCCGAGGAGAGACUCUGGGUUCAGAAGCACCGUGACCACGUCGAUGCUCAUAGCAAUACCGGAACAGCAGUCCAAGUGGUUGACCAGCCGAGCCAAAUGACAUCGGAUUCUGGAGACGGCUCAUUGAUACCAAAUAUCGGAACUAGUCUCAUUCUGGGCGAUGUGCCUUGUCUCGAAGUCCCUCUCACUCGCAAGGUCCCUAUGGAACACAGCAGCGUUGCCAGACCAAUCGCCCUUGCGGCCCCAUCCGUUGAACAGGAGCAGAUACGACGCCGCGAAGGGGCUAAGCCACGACCCAUCUUGAAGGUAUCGUCGUCACAGGAGUCAAGUGAACUGGGCGCAUAUCGGGGUGUAGAAAUUGUAUGUAGACGCGACGGGCGCGUUAGCUUCGGAGAGACAGGUACCCCAUCAACCGCCACCGAGGAAGUGGUCCGAGGCAUCCGCAGAGGGCUUCUUUCGGCCGAAUCCGUCGACUCUGUUUGCUCUCUUCCCACCGUCGCCACUUUCGAAAGAGAUCACUCCAUGUUGGACAAACGUUGUGUCACCAAAACUGGCAAUAAGCAUGGCUUGGACGGGCCCGAGGAAAUACCAGGCUUGACCAAGAAAUUGAAGGUCGUGUCGGACCUGACCACGCCUGAUAUCGACGCUUCUCUCACCUGACUCAUGAGGGGAAAGGGGGACACUGGCGCGAACUGGAUGUGGUGAGCUGCACACAGAUGCGCAGAAGGGUCCGAGACAUAUCACGGAGGGA